UAGAACAAAGUCAUCAUGUUGAUUCUGCAAGAGGAGAUGCCAUCACUUGUCAGUAGAUUUCAGUCGACGGAAGAUCAGAAAUUGAAGAGUGUCAAGUGAUACGUUUUCCCAUUAUUGAAUUUGUCACAAUUUUCCUACGGUCUCGCUGCCCAACUUUCUCCACUUUUCCCAUCCAUCCUCCUAACUGGCCACAUUUCCACACUUCGUCACACAGUCUCACAAACGAGAAACUUUUGCUGACGGAGGUCACACCUUUCUUCACUGCGUUUCAGCACUUUCAUCUCUUCGUACCCCUUGCAGCACCACCACCCACUCGGACCCUGUGGUCAGCGAUAACCUCGCGUGCAUAUUUGGAAACAUGGAGGCUGACGAGUUUCGGGAUUUUGGAGAAGCCAUGUUAAAAUACAUCACGGACUACUUGGAAAACAUUAGGGACAGGCGAGUGCUCCCUACAGUGAAACCUGGCUAUCUUCGUGACCUGAUUCCUGAAGAAGCUCCAGAGGACGGGGAGAAAUGGCAGGAUAUCAUGAAGGACAUUGAGAGGGUUAUAAUGCCCGGAGUCACCCACUGGCAUUCUCCACAUUUUCAUGCAUAUUAUCCCACGGCAAACUCGUACCCUGCGAUAGUUGCGGAUAUGCUUUCUGGGGCAAUUGCAUGCAUUGGAUUUACUUGGAUCGCAAGUCCAGCCUGCACGGAGCUGGAGGUUGUGAUGAUGGAUUGGCUGGGAAAACUUUUGGACCUUCCUGCAAAGUUCUUGGCAUCAGGGUCUGAUGGCAAAGGUGGUGGUGUUAUCCAGGGGACGGCUUCAGAAGGAACGUUGGUGGCUUUACUGUCUGCCCGUGCUCGAACAGUGAAAGCCUAUGCAAAAACUUCGGGAUAUGAUGAAAGCACAUUUUUAGGAAGACUUGUUGCAUACACUUCGGAUCAAUCCCAUUCUUCCGUUGAAAGAGCAUCUCUUCUUGGAGGAAUCAAGAUGAGAAUUGUGAAAACUGAUGGCAGCCUAUCAAUGCGAGGGGAUGUACUGAAAGCUACCAUCUUGGAGGACAAAGCUAAAGGGCUAAUUCCAUUUUUUGUGGUUGCAACUUUGGGGACUACAAACUCUUGUGCAUUCGAUAAUCUUGACGAAAUUGGAGACGUCUGCGUGGAACAAAAAAUUUGGUUGCAUGUUGAUGCGGCCUAUGCGGGAUCUGCAUUUAUUUGCGAAGAAUAUCGCUAUCUUAUGACGGGUGUUGGCAAAGCUGACUCUUUCAAUUUCAACCCGCACAAAUGGCUUUUGGUCAAUUUUGAUUGUUCUGCAAUGUGGGUAGCAAAUGCUAAUGAACUGGUGGAUGCGUUUAAUGUGGAUCCGCUGUACUUGAAGCAUGACAUGCAAGGGAAAGCACCCGAUUAUCGGCAUUGGCAAAUCCCUCUGGGAAGACGAUUUCGUUCACUGAAGUUGUGGUUUGUGAUGAGAUCGUAUGGAUCAAAAAAACUGCAGGAGCACGUUCGUGGACAGAUAGCAUUGUCACACGAGUUUAAGAAACUCGUAAUGCAAGACGCCCGAUUUGAAAUAUCAGCUCCAGUUGUGCUGGGCUUGGUUUGUUUCCGCAUGAACAACAAGUCAGAAGAGGACAAUGAAAAGCUUUUGAAGAGCAUCAACGAGCGAGGGAAAAUUCACAUUGUUCCCUCAAAGUUGCAUGGAUUGUACAUUCUCCGUUUUGCAGUGUGCUCUCGUUUCACGACCAGCAAGGACGUCGAAUUUGCAUGGAAAGAAAUACAGGAUGCUACAACUGAUCUGUUUGAAACCAAAUCGACCUAGAAAGCAGAAUGACGAGGCAAAAAAUUCAUUGGACAAUUAGAAAUACGACUAAUACGAGACGAUAAUGAAAGUAGACUUUGGGGCAAAGUGCCACGUAGUAAGUAGUGUAAAAUAUAUAUAAUGCGGAAAUUACUAUCAGGGAACAAAGGGACCAAUUUUGCUUCUCUAUUGGAAAGACACAAAUUAAUCCAAGGGACCAAUAAAUCCAAGAGUAGUUUUCAGUAACGGAGGGACCAAUUUAGUAAAGUAGUAUUCAACACGUUACACAUGUAUGUAGUUAGUAGUAGUAAAGUGAGAUUGAUUAAUAGCUGUAAAAUACAUAAAACUCUACACAAAUAAUAAAAUGAUCAAAUAAUUACUUUUAA